UUUUAUUUUAUUUUUUUAAUCUCUUGACGGUUAUUUAGGGAAUUGAUUAUUUGAAAUACAAUAACUAUCAUAACAAUAGAGUGAGCCUACAAGAAAGGUAUACCUAAAGAAACUCUGACAUAUGCAUGAUACAUUAAACUGCUUCCCUGGUCUGGUCAAGUUUUAUUUACAUAUACAAUUACUAUUGGGGUGUUAGUGACAAAUAUUCCAAAAUGGGCAAAGCUCUCCUAAACACUGGAAGACCCAUAUUUUACUCUCUUUGUGAAUGGUAUUCUUUUUUCUAUUUUCAUUCUUGAAUAUUAGUCAUAUUUUUUAAACCAAGUAAGAAUGUGUUUUACUAUAGGCCAAGCAUAUACAUAACAUAGAAGGAAUAAAAUUGGUGCAUAUGCCAGGGCCAGGAAGACUCUGCAACAUGGGCACCUAACAUUGGAAACAGUUGGAGAACAACUGGAGAUAUCAAAGAUACUUGAGAUAUGUAGUUUUCUUUUAUUCUUCCAAAAUCAAAGAGCGUAGUUAAAACAUGAAAAUUGAUGAUUCUGCUUCUGCAGUAUGACAUUGCAUGCUGAUCAGAAUGACCAAUGGGCAUCUUAUGCUGGACCGGGUGGAUGGAAUGACCCUGACAUGCUUGAGGUGGGCAACAGAGGACUGUCAACAGAAGAAUACCACUCCCACUUCAGCAUUUGGGCUUUAGCAAAGGCUCCCUUUAUCCUUGGGUGCGAUAUUUGUUCCAUGGACGAGGACACAUUGGAGGUGAUUACCAACAAGGAGGUCAUUUCUGUUAACCAAGAUAAACUUGGAGUUCAAGGAGAGAAGGUGAAGAAGACUGGAGAUUUGGAGGUCUGGGCUGUUCCUCUACGUGGCAAUAAGAUAGCAGUAAUAUUGUGGAACAGAGGAUCUUCCAAAGCCACCAUAAGAGCUGACUGGAGUGACAUUGACCUCAAAUCAUCAGCAGUGGUUGAUGCUCAAGAUUUAUGGGCGGCCUGA